AUGGCGAUGCUGCCUCCCCCAGGACCGCAGAGCUUUGUCUACUUCACCAAACAGUCUCUCGCCCUCAUUGAGCAGCGCAUUUCGGAAGGAAAAGCCAAGGAACACAAAGACGAAAAGAAAGAAGAUGAUGAAGAAGGUCCCAAGCCCAGCAGCGACUUGGAAGCUGGCAAACAGCUGCCCUUCAUCUACGGAGACAUUCCCCCUGGGAUGGUGUCGGAGCCCCUGGAGGACCUGGACCCAUACUACGCAGACAAGAAAACUUUUAUAGUAUUGAACAAAGGAAAAGCGAUCUUCCGCUUCAACGCCACGCCUGCGCUGUACAUGCUCUCACCCUUCAGUCCUCUAAGAAGAAUAUCUAUUAAGAUUUUAGUACAUUCCUUAUUCAGCAUGCUGAUCAUGUGCACAAUUCUGACGAACUGCAUAUUCAUGACCAUGAGCAACCCUCCAGAAUGGACCAAAAAUGUAGAAUACACUUUUACUGGAAUAUAUACUUUUGAAUCACUCAUAAAAAUCCUUGCAAGAGGCUUUUGCGUGGGAGAAUUCACCUUCCUUCGUGACCCUUGGAACUGGCUGGAUUUUAUUGUCAUUGUUUUCGCGUAUUUAACAGAAUUUGUAAACCUAGGCAAUGUUUCAGCUCUUCGAACUUUCAGAGUCCUGAGAGCUUUGAAAACUAUUUCUGUAAUCCCAGGACUGAAGACCAUCGUGGGGGCCUUGAUCCAGUCAGUGAAGAAGCUGUCUGACGUCAUGAUCCUCACUGUGUUCUGUCUCAGUGUUUUUGCACUAAUUGGACUACAGCUGUUUAUGGGAAACCUGAAGCAUAAAUGUCUCAGGAAGGAACUCGAAGAGAACGAAACAUUAGAAAGCAUCAUGAAUACCGUUGAGAGUGAAGAAGAACUGAAAAGAUAUUUUUAUUACUUGGAGGGAACCAAAGAUGCUCUCCUUUGUGGCUUCAGCACAGAUUCUGGCCAGUGUCCAGAAGGAUACUACUGUGUGAAGGCUGGCAGAAACCCUGAUUACGGCUACACGAGCUUUGAUACUUUCAGCUGGGCCUUCUUGGCCUUGUUUCGGCUAAUGACUCAGGAUUACUGGGAGAACCUUUACCAGCAGACUCUACGUGCUGCUGGCAAAACCUACAUGAUUUUCUUUGUCGUGGUGAUCUUCCUGGGCUCCUUUUAUCUGAUAAACUUGAUCCUGGCUGUGGUAGCCAUGGCCUAUGAGGAACAGAACCAGGCCAACAUCGAGGAAGCUAAACAGAAAGAAUUAGAAUUUCAGCAGAUGUUAGACCGACUCAAGAAAGAGCAGGAAGAAGCCGAGGCCAUUGCUGCAGCUGCAGCUGAGUACACGAGUAUUGGGCGGAGCAGGAUGACGGGUCUGUCGGAGAGCUCUUCAGAAACCUCUCGGCUGAGCUCCAAGAGUGCCAAGGAGAGACGAAACAGAAGAAAGAAAAAGAACCAGAAGAAGAUCUCUGGUGGCGAGGAAAAGGGCGACGACGAGAAACUGUCCAAGUCGGGAUCGGAGGAAAGUAUCAGAAAGAAAAGCUUCCAUCUAGGUGUGGAAGGACAUCACCGCUCCCGGGAGAAGAGGCUGUCCACCCCGAACCAGUCACCACUCAGCAUUCGCGGCUCCUUGUUUUCUGCACGGCGCAGCAGCCGAACGAGUCUCUUCAGUUUCAAGGGUCGAGGAAGAGAUCUUGGAUCUGAGACAGAGUUCGCCGAUGACGAGCAUAGCAUUUUUGGAGACAACGAGAGCAGACGGGGUUCACUAUUUGUGCCUCACAGGCCUCGGGAGCGACGAAGCAGUAACAUCAGCCAGGCCAGUAGGUCCCCACAAAUGCUGUCGGUGAACGGAAAGAUGCACAGUGCGGUGGAUUGCAAUGGCGUGGUGUCGCUUGUUGACGGACCUACAGCCCUCAUGGUCCCCAAUGGACAGCUUCUUCCAGAGGUGAUAAUAGAUAAGGCAACUUCCGACGACAGUGGCACAACCAAUCAAAUGCACAAGAAAAGACUUUCCAGUUCUUAUUUCCUGUCUGAGGACAUGCUGAAUGACCCACACCUCAGGCAGAGAGCCAUGAGCAGAGCAAGCAUUCUAACCAACACUGUAGAAGAACUUGAAGAGUCUAGACAAAAAUGUCCACCAUGGUGGUACAGAUUUGCUCACACAUUUUUGAUCUGGAAUUGCUCUCCAUAUUGGAUAAAAUUCAAGAAGUUCAUCCAUUUUAUUGUUAUGGAUCCUUUUGUAGAUCUUGCCAUUACCAUUUGCAUAGUUCUAAACACAUUGUUUAUGGCUAUGGAGCACCACCCAAUGACUGACGAAUUCAAAAAUGUACUUGCUGUAGGGAAUCUGAUCUUCACAGGGAUCUUUGCAGCUGAAAUGGUACUGAAGUUAAUAGCCAUGGAUCCUUAUGAGUAUUUCCAAGUAGGGUGGAAUAUUUUUGACAGUCUAAUUGUGACAUUGAGUUUGGUAGAGCUUUUCCUCGCAGAUGUGGAAGGAUUAUCAGUCCUGAGAUCAUUCCGAUUGCUACGAGUCUUCAAGUUGGCAAAAUCCUGGCCCACACUGAAUAUGCUCAUCAAGAUCAUUGGCAACUCGGUGGGCGCCCUGGGCAACCUGACCCUGGUGUUGGCCAUCAUUGUCUUCAUCUUCGCCGUGGUCGGCAUGCAGCUGUUUGGAAAGAGCUACAAGGAGUGCGUUUGCAAGAUCAAUGAGGAUUGCACACUCCCGCGCUGGCACAUGAAUGACUUCUUCCACUCCUUCCUGAUCGUGUUCCGGGUGCUGUGUGGAGAGUGGAUAGAGACCAUGUGGGACUGCAUGGAGGUCGCUGGCCAGACCAUGUGUCUUAUUGUUUACAUGAUGGUCAUGGUGAUUGGCAACCUUGUGGUCUUGAACCUGUUUCUGGCAUUAUUACUGAGCUCCUUUAGUUCUGACAAUCUUACAGCAAUUGAAGAAGAUACCGAUGCAAACAACCUCCAGAUAGCAGUGGCCAGGAUCAAAAGAGGAAUCAAUUAUGUGAAACGGACCCUACGUGAAUUUCUCCUAAAAUCGUUCUCCAAAAAACCAAAGGGUCCCAAGGACACAAAGCGAGCAGUAGAUCCAAACAACAGAAAAGACAACUAUAUCUCAAAUCGGACACUCGCUGAGAUGAGCAAAGAUCACAAUUUCCACAAAGAAAAGGAUAAACUGAGUGGUUUUGGGAGCAGUGUAGACAAAAGCUUUGUGGAUGAUAAUGACUACCAGCCCUUCAUUCACAAUCCCAGCCUCACGGUGACUGUGCCAAUUGCACCUGGGGAAUCUGAUUUGGAAAACAUGAACACUGAAGAACUUAGCAGUGACUCAGAUAGCGACUACAGCAAAGAGAGACGGAACCGAUCCAGUUCCUCCGAGUGCAGCACAGUUGAUAACCCUCUGCCAGAAGGAGAAGAAGCAGAAGCUGAGCCCGUAAAUCCAGAUGAGCCAGAGGCAUGUUUUACGGAUGGCUGUGUUCGGAGAUUUCCAUGCUGCCAAGUGAAUGUAGACUCUGGGAAAGGGAAAGUCUGGUGGACCAUCAGGAAGACCUGCUACAGGAUAGUUGAACACAGCUGGUUCGAAAGCUUUAUCGUUCUCAUGAUCUUGCUCAGCAGCGGAGCUCUGGCUUUUGAAGACAUAUACAUUGAAAAGAAAAAGACCAUUAAGAUUAUUUUGGAGUAUGCUGACAAGAUAUUCACCUACAUCUUCAUCCUGGAGAUGCUUCUCAAAUGGGUGGCUUAUGGCUAUAAAACAUAUUUCACCAAUGCCUGGUGUUGGCUGGACUUCUUAAUUGUUGAUGUAUCUCUGGUUACUUUAGUAGCCACCACUCUUGGCUACUCAGACCUUGGCCCCAUUAAAUCCCUGAGGACGCUGAGGGCUCUAAGACCCCUGAGAGCCUUGUCUAGAUUUGAAGGAAUGAGGGUGGUGGUCAAUGCACUCAUAGGAGCAAUCCCUUCCAUCAUGAAUGUGCUUCUCGUAUGUCUUAUAUUCUGGCUAAUAUUUAGCAUCAUGGGAGUCAAUCUGUUUGCUGGCAAGUUCUACGAGUGAGUUAACACUACAGAUGGCUCACGGUUUCCCACAGCUCAAGUUGCAAACCGCUCUGAGUGCUUUGCCCUUAUGAAUGUCAGUGGAAAUGUCCGAUGGAAAAACCUGAAAGUGAACUUUGAUAACGUUGGGCUCGGCUACCUGUCUCUGCUUCAAGUUGCAACAUUCAAAGGCUGGAUGGAUAUUAUGUAUGCAGCUGUUGACUCUGUUAAUGUAAAUGAGCAGCCGAAAUAUGAAUACAACCUCUACAUGUAUAUUUAUUUUGUCAUCUUUAUCAUCUUUGGGUCAUUCUUCACUUUGAAUCUGUUCAUUGGUGUCAUCAUAGACAAUUUCAACCAACAGAAAAAGAAGCUUGGAGGUCAAGAUAUCUUUAUGACAGAAGAACAGAAGAAGUACUAUAAUGCAAUGAAGAAGCUGGGAUCCAAGAAACCACAAAAGCCAAUUCCUAGGCCAGGGAACAAAUUCCAAGGAUGUAUAUUUGACUUAGUAACAAAUCAAGCUUUUGAUAUCACCAUCAUGGUCCUCAUUUGCCUCAACAUGGUAACCAUGAUGGUAGAAAAAGAAGGGCAAAGUGAUUACAUGACUGAUGUUUUGUACUGGAUCAACGUGGUCUUCAUUAUCCUGUUCACUGGGGAGUGCGUGCUGAAGCUGAUCUCCCUCCGACAUUACUACUUCACUGUGGGAUGGAACAUUUUUGAUUUUGUGGUAGUGAUCCUCUCCAUUGUAGGAAUGUUUCUCGCCGACAUGAUAGAGAAGUACUUUGUGUCCCCUACCCUGUUCCGAGUCAUCCGCCUGGCCAGGAUAGGCCGAAUCCUACGCCUGAUCAAAGGUGCCAAGGGCAUCCGCACCCUGCUCUUCGCUCUGAUGAUGUCCCUUCCUGCGCUGUUCAACAUCGGCCUCCUGCUUUUCCUGGUCAUGUUCAUCUACGCCAUCUUUGGGAUGUCCAACUUUGCCUACGUUAAAAAGGAAGCUGGCAUUAACGACAUGUUCAACUUUGAGACCUUUGGCAACAGCAUGAUCUGCCUGUUUCAAAUCACCACGUCGGCAGGUUGGGAUGGGCUGCUGGCCCCCAUCCUCAAAAGUGCACCUCCCGACUGUGAUCCCAAAAAAAUUCAUCCAGGAAGUUCAGUGGAAGGGGAAUGUGGGAACCCAUCUGUGGGGAUUUUCUACUUUGUCAGCUACAUCAUCAUAUCCUUCCUGGUUGUGGUGAACAUGUACAUCGCUGUCAUCCUGGAGAACUUCAGCGUCGCCACUGAAGAAAGUACUGAACCCCUAAGUGAGGACGACUUUGAGAUGUUCUAUGAGGUCUGGGAGAAGUUCGACCCCGAUGCCACUCAGUUCAUAGAGUUCUGCAAGCUCUCUGACUUUGCGGCUGCCCUGGAUCCUCCCCUUCUCAUCGCAAAGCCAAACAAAGUCCAGCUCAUCGCCAUGGAUCUGCCCAUGGUGAGCGGAGACCGCAUCCACUGCCUGGACAUCUUAUUUGCUUUUACGAAGAGGGUUUUGGGUGAGAGUGGAGAGAUGGAUUCUCUUCGUUCACAGAUGGAAGAAAGGUUUAUGUCCGCAAAUCCUUCUAAAGUUUCCUAUGAACCCAUCACAACCACACUAAAACGAAAACAAGAGGAUGUAUCUGCUACUAUCAUUCAGCGCGCUUACAGAAGGUACCGCCUUCGGCAAAACGUCAAGAAUAUAUCAAGUAUAUACAUAAAGGAUGGAGACAGGGAUGAUGACUUGCCCAAUAAAGAAGAUAUAGUUUUUGAUAAUGUUAUUGAGAACUCAAGUCCAGAGAAGACAGACGCAACUGCCUCUGCCGUCUCUCCACCUUCGUAUGAUAGUGUCACUAAGCCAGAUCAAGAGAAAUACGAGACAGACAAAACAGAAAAGGAAGACAAAGGCAAAGAUGGGAAAGAAAGUGGAGAAUAGAGCCUCAUGUGUUUACAGCCUGUGAAGGUGACUCACUGGUGUUAAUAAGACUCUUUCACGGAGCUCUAUGCCAAACUCUUUUUAUCCAAACAUUCUCAAAGGCAGCCCAGCCCCUAGCUCGGAUCCAAUGGGUGUAGGGCAGGCAGCAUUGGCACGUGGCUAUUUUUGCAUUGGUAAAUGGUUCUGUAAGAAUUAUGAGCGUAACUCUGUAGGGAAUAAUCAUUACUACAAUCAAGGGUGAUUUAAUCAUUUAACAAGUCCCAAAAACCAUGGAGGCCAUUUUGUCUCCAUAUCUUUUCUCUAGCUUCUAAUUAAGUGUGUACCCCAUCUAAAUAUUGAAAUUCAGGUACAGACGGAAGCAUACACACAGACACAAAUACGAACAGGAUUAGUUAUGAUUGGGAAUUCAGUGCAAGUAUUUUGCCUCUGGUUUGAAAUGAAAUUACUUGUAACAGUAAUGGGAUUUAGUAAUGAAAGUUUUUGUCAAAACCUCUUACUAUUAGGGAGUCAGACUCUUUAUCCAUAACUAGAGUUCAGUUUAUAUUUUGAGGUGCUCUAACUUACCCUACAUUGCAUCAAAAGCAAUUUAUAGGUAUCUAUAAGAUGUCAUGGGAUUGAAGCAUACGUAGGCUACUUAUUUAAGAAAUCACUUGUAUUUGCGUAGAUUAGCAUUCACUUUGAUUUAUGAUGACAUCUGCAGAAUUUUGUGCUCACUUGAUUCUCCCACCUCAGUCGCUUAGCUUGAACUUUAGGUUCACUGAGAACAGCUAGCCUGUCUUUCUUACAUCCCACAUUGUAUGUACAAUAACUACGGACCUUGAGAAAUUAUGGGAAAUAUUACAUAUAUCACAUUUCAUAAUAUAAAACACGAAGACUAAUAACAGAAAAAAAUAUUCUUCAAAGUUCUAUUUACUUACAUUUAUUUCAUCCGGCUUGCCCAGUAAGACAGCUAAUGGCUCAACUCUGAAUGCCAGUUGUCACAUUUAUCUUCUUAUACCAUAUUGGUCUGUCAUAUUUUAUCUCUAAGCAAAUUUAAUGUAUCCUUUUAAUGAAAUGCACCCUGAAAUGCAAUUAGCUACUUGAUACCCUAGCACUUGUUUGAGCAGAUGACCGGAACACUGUAUGUACUGCAUCCCUUAAAUACAAUCCUUAAUGUGUUUGGCAGCUUCCCAAGAUACAAGGAACACCAGGCUUGUGAUACCUGCCCACCAGGUGUGCCGUCUGAAUGAAGCAGCAUUCAGAGAGCGAGUCUCAGCAGCUUGCUUUACCAUCACUAAUUUCCCUGAUUGUGGAAGUAAACCUCUGGACCUCUCUUAUUUCAUCUGUAAAUAACAUAGCUGACACUUCCUCCUUAACAUGCAAAUCUGUGAUAUGAAAUAUCCUUUACAUUGAGCAGGAAAAUAGCCCAGGCUUAUCGUUUUGAAAGCCCAUUCAUUUUGAGCUGAUUGGAACGACCCUACAAAGGACUGGAAAUCUACUUUAUGUUUUUGAAGCACUUGGUAAGCAUAAGUUGCUCUGAUUCUUUCUCGCAUAAUUUUACUCUAAGAAGAUGAAGCCAUUCUUCCAACACAUUAUCUUUGCAGAGAAAAUAGAGCUGAGUAAAAGUAGACAAUUCUGAGGGAAAUUUUGAAGUGACUGCAUAAAACAUACUUCAUCAAAUUGCUUUUGAAAUUCAAAGGCAACACAAGUGUUGGUAUAGUAAGUAAUCAAAACAUAUAUUCUUUAUUUUUUGCCCAGUUAAAAAGAAAAGUUUAAACAUUACUAGAGACAUGAAGAGACAAAGAUAGAGAGUGAGGAAUACAAGGAGGGAGAGAAGAAGCGAAGCUAUAAGAACAAGAAGAAAGAUAUAGUUAUAGAGACUUGCUCAGAAUGCUGUCCACUGUGGUGCGUUCUACGGUGUCCUAUAGAAGAGUCUCGUUACACACAUUUGUCUAAGGGACCUAAGAAGUUACAUGUAAGACUGACGGCUCUCUGCAUCUAUACUUAAUCAUUUAGCCUAGUUUGGUGGGGUGGGGGGGGCUACUUUUUAAUUUCUACAGAAGAUUCCAAACAGUGCUCAGCUCAGCAAUAUAGAGCCCUGUGCAUCUGUUAAGCUGCUAGAAUAGGUUUGGUCGGCUUAAUUUGGGGAGCCACACAAAACCUUUCAUUUGUAACAAGCUUUAAUACAUUCAGUUAAGAAAGUAGCUUGUUUAACAGUUGAAAUCAGUUUCUCAUUGUUUCGCGCCCAUUAAUAAUAUAACUACAUUGUAAAUAUUUUUAUGGAUAUAGUAUGUGCAGAUGUCUGGUAUAGAUUACCUGUGAUUUGCUAUUCAUGUUUUUACAGUGGUUAAUUUUUAUGUAAAUUUAAUAUAUUGGCAACUGGUUCCUCAACACACUUUUUUUUAGCAUUGCAAAAAAUAACAGUUAUAAAGUUUCUCUUUUUUCUACUUCGUGCUGAACAUAUUUCAUUCUGAACUAUAUAAUUUUAAAUGUGAUAUUAAGUUUUAUACAUACAAAUAUGUUUAUCCUCCAAAUCACUACUUAUGACAUAGUAUCCAUUAAAAAUGGUAUUUUUGUUAGACAGGAUUUCUCCCGGUAACCCUGGCUUUCCUAGAACUCACUCUGCAUACCAGGCUGGCCUUGAACUAAGGGAGAUCUGCCUUCUUCUGCCUCCUGAGUGCUGAGAUUAAUGGCAUGCACCACCACUGCCUGGUCUAAAAAUGGUAUUUGACAAUAGGAUAACAUUUAGUAAAAGCUUAAAGCAAGCUUACACCCCUUUUCAUAUUGGCUAGUGUUUGUGCUAAUUAUAAAAUGUUGUCCCACUGAAACUACUAGUCAUAUAUCCACUAAAAUUAUUUUACCUAUGGACAUAGAAUGCUGACUAUAUAAAUGAAGAUAGAGAUUAGCAUUCAAUAAAAGAAAACAUAUGUGAGCGCACAUCCAUCUACGUAAUUUGGGUGAAAACAGGAGAAUCUCAUUUAACUAAUUUGUCUCUUCUCACUGAAAAUAGUAAAAGAAAUCUGUGAGCUAUUUCAAAAUUCAAAUUGUCACAUCUUGCGGUCGUAAAUAUUUAGCAUGGUUUUGUAGAAUUUUGAUAGUUUUAUAAGAGUGGAAAUUCAAUGCAUAUGUAAAUAAAACCGUCCACACUAGCAAAUUCAUCAAACAUUAAUUGAAGUAAUGAAAGGGGGGCAGCUAAAUAAGGAUGGUCAGUACCUGACCUGGGUUUAGAACUUAUGUGUAGAGCCAUCAAUUUUUCAGUAUAUGUUUUCACUAUGUCGUUAGUUUCCUGAUGAAAACAAUCAAGAACUGCUCCCAGCACAUGAAUAAGUAGCCAUGCAUAUAUGAAUGCUGUUUACAAAACCCAUAGACCCAUGAAUGCUCAAAAUGUUUCAGUUUGUCAACAUUACAUUGUAGCUAUAAUUGUUAAUAGA